AUGGCCGUCGCCGGUGUGUGGACAAAUCUGGUGUUUAUAGCUUUCGUGCAGCUGAUCUUUGUGCAAGCUGAACUGGAUGAAUGCGCAGCUGUGCAGGUUGGAACCCCCAAAGUUCGAGCACUCGACCGCACGUCGCCUGAAUUCCUGGCAUUCAUGAAGGAGGUUGAUGCAAAGAUGGUCCCGAUUGAAGCUCCACAUCUGCUAAACGAACGGUGCAUUGACAUGAUGAGGCAGCUCGCAAAAACAAAAGGGACCUUAAAGAGGCGAGUUGACAUUCACACGGGUGCAUUCUUCCAAGAGGGAAGCUUCAAUGAGAGUUCCGACCUGGUCCGAAAGUUACGCCUUGCACCAAUGUCUUUCCUGGCAACGCAAGAUCUCAAAAAAGUCAAGCUCCAUUUCUGGUCGAAUCUCAGCCCGGACAGCUCUGCCGUGCAGGAGAUCUUCGGUCCCUUUUUUCAAAACCCAGCGUACGCAAAAAGCAUUAAGAUCAGCCAGUUCGUUCCGGACAAGGAAUGCUCAAAGGUCUUUCCGACCACGCCGGGGAUGGCUAGCACACUGCGCGACAUUUACGAAGCACAGACAAAUCCGACUUCCAUUUCAGACCUCAUGCGGGUGACUGUGUUGCACAACUAUGGUGGAGCUUGGAUCGACAGUGAUGUCCUACUUAUUCGAGACAUGACACCGAUUCUUGAGGAGGAGUUUGGUCUACAGACAUGUUAA